AUGUCGUUCUUCAUUGAAAACCCUAAUGUGGGGGAUCACAACAACCUGGAAGAUUCACGAAUUCGCGGUUACAACCCUCUUACGCCCCCUAACCUACUUCAGCAUGAGAUCGCCUUGACGGAAAAGUCGCGCCAAAGUGUGUUGAAUGGACGCCAGGAAGCUGUUGCGAUCGUACACGGUACCGAUGCUGAAAGGCAACGUCUCAUGGUCGUCAUCGGCCCUUGCUCGAUCCACGACCCGGAAAUGGCUUUGGAAUACUGCGACCGAUUGCUGAAGAUGAAAGAGAAAUACGCCGAUGAUCUCUUGAUUGUUAUGCGCGCAUACCUCGAGAAGCCCCGAACGACCGUCGGUUGGAAGGGUUUGAUCAACGAUCCAGAUAUCGACAACAGCUUCCAGAUCAACAAGGGUCUUCGUGUGUCGCGGCAGCUCUUCGUCGACCUGACAAACAAGGGCAUGCCCAUUGCCAGCGAAAUGCUCGACACUAUCUCUCCUCAGUUCUUCUCCGAUUGUCUCUCGGUCGGUGCAGUCGGUGCUCGGACCACCGAAUCUCAAGUUCACCGUGAGCUGGCCUCCGGUCUCUCGUUCCCUGUCGGCUUCAAGAACGGCACUGACGGCUCCCUUGACGUCGCGAUUGAUGCUAUUGGGGCUGUUCAACAUCCCCAUCAUUUCCUGUCAGUCACCAAGCCAGGUGUUGCUGCUAUUGUUGGAACUGUUGGUAACCCGGAUUGCUUCGUCAUUCUCCGCGGUGGCAAGAAGGGCCCCAACUACGACGCGGCUAGCAUCAAGGAAGCAAAGACUAAGCUGGAGGCCAAGGGAGUUGUGCCUCGUUUGAUGGUGGAUUGCAGCCACGGUAACUCGGAGAAGAACCACAAGAACCAGCCCAAGGUUGCCAAGAUCCUCAGCGAGCAGAUCUCUGCUGGUGAAACCGCCAUUAUGGGUGUCAUGAUCGAGAGCAACAUCAACGAGGGUAACCAGAAAGUCCCGGCUGAGGGCAAGGCCGGCCUAAAAUACGGAGUCAGCAUCACUGAUGCCUGCAUUAACUGGGAGGACACUGAGACGACAUUGGAGACUUUGGCCCAGGCCGUACGCGCCCGGAGAGAGAGACUCAAUGGUAGCGCUUAG